AUGUCUACCACUCGCCAACGCCAAACAGGAAAGACUGAGGCUGAAAAAAAUCCAGAGAAUUUGCCGCCGAAACGUGAAAGCAAAACCACUCAGGAUGUCAGGGCGCCUUUGAGUGGAACAAGCUUAUCCACAGUUAUUUAUUCCUUGGCCGCACUGGGGCUCAUAUGGGGUGCCCUAUCCGCAUAUCGAAUUGUCCAACUCAAGGCUGAUGCGGGUGGCUGGUAUAACCUUGCACUUGGACGGCGACCGGAUACGGGUGCACCUGUGAAGGGUAAUCCACAUCACAUAAGACUUCCACCCACAAUACCGGAGUUAAGGGCGUUGAAGAUAGGAUACGAGCCCUCGCCGAUGAACUGGGUAUCCAUCCGCGUGAAUGGCUUCUGCAAUCCGCCCACUUAUGCCUACCGCAAGUGCGAGCAGUAUUUCUGCGGAAGCGAGUGCAACGCCUAUGGCCGACGCUGUGAUCGGUGUAUUGGGUCUGACAACCCGUCGGGAGAACAGCAAGCCAAUGGUGCUUCUUCUGGAUUCCCUGAUUUGGGUACUUUGGUGGGACUCGAUGAUCCUGCUCCUGGCCUUGACGGAUAA